GCCUUGCAUGCUCGCCUUUUUCCUUGUCAAUUGCUGACAAAGAGCAAAACGCUUUAUGUAGCCUCUUUUGGAAACAUAUGACUUUCGCUUGAGCAGUUCGUGCAGCCUGCGUGCUACUAGAGGGACUUCGCAGCGCCGUAACCCCGCAAUACCGUUCACUCACGCAGAGCCACGUGAAUGCUGGUUCAUGGACGACCGCUUCCACCGCGAUAACGGCAGCUCGCGCCGCCCUUCCACUUCAAUGGCGGCUCCCACCCACCGUCGUGGCCGCACCACACUCGUCCCUACGCCUGCCACGUGUACCGACUCGCAAUCCCUUGCUUCGUCGCUCCUGACGUGAGUUUACACGGCCGGUAAGUUAUAUUCGCAUCAUUCUGCGUGCAAUUCCGUCUGCCGCGUCGUGGAAGGGGCGAUGGUUAUCAAUGCGGUAGUCGAUAUCAUGAUUCCUCGUUAUCUUGCUUCUCCUCGUCUCGCUUGCUUUCCCCCAUCGUCAAUUACCCUUUCCUCCCCCGUCCCUCCCCCGUCUCCCCGCUCAACCCAAGUCUCCCCACUCGCCGUGUGUACGCGGAACACAGCCCCCAGCGCGCCCAUCCAGCUCUCCGCAAGCCGCUGUCCGCCAAGCCCGCGUCUGCCCCGCCCACCUGCUCUGCCCGCGCAAUCGCCGCCAGCAACCGCGAAGGGCAAAAGGGCAGCGGCAGUGGCAGCAGCAGCAGCGGCGGCUGCGGCGGCGGCAGGGGUGGAGUUUCGACGGAUACGGAUGCGAUACUCGAGGCGCCCGGGAAAGCGGAGUCUGCGGCGUGGGAUGCGUACGACACGGCGUUCGAGAGCGUCCUCGCGAGCAUGUGGGACGACGUGCGCGGCGCCGCCAGUGAAGCCGGGAGCGAACACAGGCCGAGCGACGGGCAGCGACGCGAGGAAGGCGCGGGGACAGGGAGGAUGAGCGACGGGGUCGGUGACGCGGAGAGACGGGUAAAUGGGAGUGCCCUGGACAUGCGGUGCAGGGAGCUAGGCGAGAGCAGCGUCGGGGCAAGGAUGGCGGAGACGAGCCAUGGGCACGAUGCUGCUGAUGAGUCGCGAGCAACGGAGUCUUCUCCCAGCAGCGACGCAGCGUGCUGUGACUCGCUACUGCUCACCUCGUGCGACGGGGAAUGCUCCGCGACUUCCCUGGCGGACGACGAGUCGUGUCUGGGCGACGAGCCUCUGCCGCUCUCCACGCUCCCUCAUGGCUGCCAAUGGGCUCUCUCCCACCUCCCCUCGCCUCCUGCGCUCAUUCCUCUUCCUGCGCCCACUCCCCCGCCUGCGUCUCCUGCUUCUCGUUCAUCUCGUGCUACCGCGGCAACAGCAGCCAGCAGCCCCUUUUCCCCUGAUUACUUCAGUGAAUCGCCUGCGCUUGACAUGGAGCAGCCGCUGGACCGCUCCCCGUAUCUCGCAGACGCAGCAGGGGCGGCUGACACGCCAUGUAGCCCCCCGCCAUGGCCCAGCAGCGGGCGGUUGAGCCCUGCAAGCAGCCUUCUGCAACUGGACAAUCUCAUCCGAACCCCCACACGCCGUGCCGGUUCGAGCAGCCCUGAUCACUCAGAGAAGCUCUGGGACGACCAGAGGUACCGGUACAACGAGUUGUUCCGAAGCAGCAGCGACAGCGGCUGUGGGCAUAGCAGCAGCUGCAGCGAUACUGCAGGAAUGGGUGCGGAUCAGGUGAAGAAAAUCGGGGCAUUAGCGUUCGGUGGUGGAAGCGGGCUGGGGUAUAAGGAGGUGCCGCUUCUACCAGAGUCUUCUGCUGGCAGCCUUGGGUGGCUUUUGCCCCUGCCAGCAGACACUCUAGACUACAUGGCCCAGGUGCAGAGCAGCGUGCAGCGCGAGUGGCAUGCAUGGCUGGAGGACCUAGGGGAGCGCACCAAGGGGCUGCGAGAAGACAUGCAGGAGCAGUUUGGGCGCAUGAGGGAGGAGAUGGCAGUCACGUUCAAUGUACUGGAGGAGGACAUUCAGGAAAUGGUGGAUGAACUGGAGGACGAGGGGAUCCUGCCGGACUGGACCAAGCUGUUUGACGAUGAUGGGGGCAGGGAGGAGGAGUGGGAGGAGUUGGUGAGUGGGCGCAGGAGCAGACGGGGCGGGGCGGAGCGGGAGGAGGAGGAGCGGCGGCGGUUCCUGCAGCAGGUGAUGCUGGCGCAGAGAGUGUACUUCGACAUCCAUGGGGAGGUGGUGAGGCGAGUACAUGUUAGGGAGAAGGGCUUUGGUGGUGGGGGGGUGAGGACGAGUAGGGGGCCUGCGUGCAUUCCGGUGGUUACCAGCAGGAGCAUGGAGAGUGCUGCUGUUGUGUUCUAGGGGUACGGUUGGUCAGCUAGUCGUGUGUGCGGCAUGGGAUGCCGGGAUAGUGGAGGGAAUUCUCUGGGGAAUAAUUCAUUGAUAACUCAAUAAAGAGCAUUGUACGCACCGUAAUCCCCCGGAUAUAGGCGCAUAGGGGCUUAUAGGAAAUACCUGGCAAAAGUGGCAUGCACUU